AUGGUGAAACUAAUCAUGCGCAAUAUGGUGAAUUGCGUGAUGGGGAAGAAAGUCCUCAGCAAGUUAAAAGUUCCGGAAAAUUACUACGAGGCUAAAUCCGAAGGGUACGAUGGUCAUUUGGAGUGGGAAGGUGACACGAACAAAAUGCUGUGCAUGAAAUACGAAUUUUACGAGAAGAUCAAGAAACUCCGACAGGAUCACAAUAAUGCCGAAGUUAUGGAGGUGUUUGAAAGUUUAGGUGUAGCGGCAACGGAGAUCCAGAUGGAACAUCUCUGUGAGCUGCUUCAAGAGUCGGAAUCGCCUGAAAUGGCGAAGGAAGCCCUAUUAAUAGCGAUUUGUAUCGGAAGCAGACCAUUGGUCGAGCUGAUCCUCACCAUCUUUCAGGACUAUCCACACGAAGAAAGAUCAGGAUGUGCCAAUUCUGCUGGAUUUCUGCCACAUAUGACUCCACUUAUGCUGGCAUGUAUUCUCAACAAUUUCGCCAUUGUUCAAUGUCUGCUGCUCAGAAAUCAUUCCAUCGACAUACCUCAUCAUACUGCAUGUAAAUGUGAUCUCUGUCUACUUGUUCCCAACAGUAACAUGGACGCGAUAAGAAGGGUUGAUACGCUUCGCGCACUAAGCUCGGAGGCAUUUUUAUGGCUAGCCACCGACGACCCGUUUGCUGCUGCCUGCUCCCUCUCUCAGGACUUGGCUAUAUGUAUUAAGGAAGAUAAUUUUGAAUUUAUGGACACUUAUCGUGUUCUUUACAAUAACGUUCAACGAUUUACGUGUCAUGUCAUCGAUAAUAAUUGGAGAGCGGAAGAACUGGACAUUUUUUUAGCUCAUAAAUGUCACUGCCCCUUGGCGACGUGUGCAAAUCCUUAUCCUCGGGUUCAACUGGCGCUUGAGGCUCAUAUGAGGAAUUUCGCCGGGAAUCCGAACGUCCAACGAGCCAUGGCUUGUAUAUGGUGGAGAGGAUGGGGCAAUUUUGGAUCUAAUGUGGCUCGAGAUUCGUAUCGUGUCUUGCGUCAUGUAUUUUUAUAUCCAAUACUCGCUUUGUUUUAUAUAUUCACUAAUGGGAAAGUGGGCAGUUCUUUUGAUGUACCUCUGGCGAGAUAUAUCAGCUACACUGCAAGUUAUAUCACAUUUGUUGGAUGUUUGAUCGGUUUGCGUUAUGUGAAAAUUGGAAACCAGGCAAAGACUGUACAUACACCAACGGGAUACGUUGGUGGAAUGCCACUUGAAAUAUAUUGUUACCUGUACGUUAUUGGUAUGUUAGCAGAACGAUAUAUUCAAUUUUGUCGUAUUGGCUUCAAUAACUACUUUAAUUUCUGGUGGCGAUGGUUUGACUUCAUGUUGAUCGGAAUUUUUUGUCUAGCCUUACAUUUAUGGUUAACUGGUGUUCUUAUGCCAAUGGAACCGGAUCUUGAAGAGCUGAACAGAAUUCAUUGGCCAGCAUGGGAUUAUUUUCUCAUCUAUGAUAUCUAUGUUUGCACCGGUUGUAUCCUUGGUAUCUGGAAGAUUUUUUAUUUUUUCCAAUUAAUUAAAGGAAUUGGAGGGAGCGUGAUAUCGGUUGGUCGCUGCGUAUCAUCCAUUUACAAUUACCUCAUCGUGAUGGGUGUUAUUAUGAUUUCAUUUGCGGUUGGAAUAAAUCUACUGGUACAGCCUUACCUGAACAGUGCCGUUGUGGACGAGGAUGGUUCCACGCGUGAAAUGGGACAACAGUUUCGGAGUAUAUUUUUUACUACACGAAAUUUGUACUGGGCUGUCUAUGGUUACCUCGAUCCAAACACUUAUACCAUUGUCGCUGGGAACUCUGGACCUGAUCAGAAACCUACAGUGCACUACAUUACAUCCUUCGCAACAGAGGCAAUCAUCACAAUGUAUCACUGUAUUAUUGUAAUAACACUGCUCAAUCUUAUGGUAUCGUUACUCGUCAAAAAAGCGGAUGAAGUUUUAGAAAACGAGGAGAGCGAGUUUAAGUACACUCGAAUUGUUAUCUAUUCGGAAUUUAUCGACUGGUCCUCCGCUGUGCCACCACCUUUUAAUUUGAUUUAUAUUACGAAAGAGACGCUGAAAAAAUUUUUCUGGGAUAAAGAUGUUGUCCUAUCUUGGCCGGAACUGUGGACUUCCAAAGAUCUCCACGAGCCCGAUUACAUAGCCAGCGCAAAAGACUGCGAAGUUUACAGUAAUCUAAUGAUGACACUUUUCUCUCGGUUUCGAGCCAGCAAAGAAUGUCACUACCGCUCUAUUUUUAGAACAGAAUUUGAUAAAGAUCGUGCAAACGCUGAAUCUUCUGCCAAGGUUGCAUUUAUGAACAGCUACAAUGACCGUUUCGAUGCAUCGAAAUGGGAGCCGAAGGGAUUUAUUGCGAUUGAUGAGGAGAAAAAUGAGAAUAAAACACAGGAAAGCACAAAAUAG